AAACCAAAGGUUUUCUACCGUAUAUACUGAGUCGCAAACGGUAAUGACCAAAUACCGGCAAAGUUUUGUUUUCUAGCUGUUUGCAUAAAUAAAGGAAUAUAUUGGAAGCUUCAUCCGGCAUACAAAGUUGAAAGCAGUAAACGUAACAUACAAAGAAAUAUUUAUAUACAGUGUGAGAAUAGAAGUGUAACCAGAGUGUGAGCACAGCGGUUUGGAUAAGCUCCAUAAAAAUAGUGUUGAAAAAUGGCCGCUUUCCAGUUUAGCACGUUUAAUCUUCAAGUGGCACAAGAUUAUUUUGCUCAUUUAAAUCCACUAGCCCAACGCAUUUCAGCUGAUAUAAACGCAACCAAAUCAACCUAUGGCCAGCUUUGGAAUACUUUAAAAGCAAAUCAACAGAACGAAAUCAUCAAUGAAACGCUGAUAAAACCGGAAAUAAUUUUGAAUUAUUUUGGAAACAUGUCUUCGUCGUCGUCAUCAUUAUCUUCAAAUUCAUCUUCGUCCAGCGCUUCUUCUGCUAAUAUAAGUACUACAAGUGCCGAGCAUAUUUUGCAGGGGUCACCGAAAUCCAGAGAACAAAAUUAUUCUCCCAAUGCCAAUAAUAGUAUAACAACAAAUUUACUGACAGAUAAUAUUUUUAAACAGACGCAAAACCUAUUGUCAAAUACAUUGGCUUCACGCUCUAAAACUACCAUACAAUCACAUCAACUUGGAAAAUUGAAACCACCAUCGUCGCCACCGCCACCUCCUCCUAUUACAACAAAAACAUAUACCAAAGCUGAAAAACAUACCAAAUUGGGAUCGCAAAAGGCAUUACAUAACGACGAGAAAACGUAUUAUUUUUAUGACGGGAAUAACCUUCAUACAUACGCCGCCCAGAAAGUGGCACUAAAAAUGAUUUAUGAUGAUGUUUUGGGCGCAUACCGCGAUGAGCAUUCGCAACCGUUCAGUUAUCGCACAAAGUCUCAGAUUGAUCUGCAACAGCAGUAUUAUGAAACCGAUUUGAGUGAUGUAAACCUGAACACUAACUGUGAUAUUAUACUCCUCACCUCAAAAGAACCAUGCAAUGUAAAUUUGGCUGAAAAUGCUACUCUCACUAAAAACUAUGAGCAGCUACAGAAGGAGUUAAAGAGCACUUUAAACAAUCAUUUGGAGACGAUACGAAAAAACGAAUCAAGUGACUUAAACCAGAAGAGUGGCUAUGAUAUGAGUAGCAAAGUCCCCACCAAUAAUUGCGGUGCAAAUAAGCGCGUAUUACCUAAAACACAAGAGGUAGCAAAGAUUCCACCUGCUUUAGCAACACAAGCUCAUACAUCGCGUGCUACGAAUAAGUGUGAAAGUAAGUCAAAGAAAUAUUUUAGGGAAAAUAGUGAAAAGCAUACAACCGAAGGUGGAUUACUAGUGGACUUAAACACAUCUAAACAAACAAACUUCAAUUAUGCCGUCUACACAGAUGUCUACUUUGAACAAGGUGAGUCAGCAACACUUAUGCACAAUUGCAGCAACAGCGGCAUACUGACGGCAUCCUCGAACUCAUCAACAACUACAUCCGAUGACGACGAACGUAACAAUUACGAAUACGAUGACGACGAUGAUGAAAAAACGUUGUGUGAAGAUAUACGACUUUUAGAGCACGAUCUAAAUCUACGUCGAGGAUUCGAUUUUCUGAAUAAUUGGUAAACCAAUUUACUUGUUAGGGUUUCUUCUCUAAACAUACUGAUGCGACUAACAUACUAUCACUAACAGUUGAUUGAUUGAUGAUUAAACGCAUAAAGAUUUGCAGAAAUUUGUCCAGCAGCACUGUUUCGUUUAUGAAUGUUUACAAUAUUUAGUUAUUUAUGAGAUGCAAAUGGACCUUUAGCUUAAGAUUAAUUUUGCAAAUUAUUUUUAUAUCGGGAGUGAUGAAAUAGUCAGCGAAGGAAUAUUUUGUUUGUCAAUAUUCUUAAUCUUAGCCCUCUUGUAAAAUUCAAUUAUCAUAACGGCAUUGUCAAUGAUAGUAAUGCGACGUUUGCACUACAAUCGACUGCUUUACUUAAUGCGUUUGCGGACACAAGAUAUUUUAUAACAAUUGCAGCUUAGUUUACGAAUACGAAACUAUAUACUGUUGCAAUGCAACUAAUUUUAAGAAAAAAUCCAAACUAUAGUUUUAGAUAAAUAAAAUUCAUAUAAAUAUUUUCUAAAUACGUAUAUACAGAUAUUGACAGAUUUAGCUCAUUGUCUCAUAGUGAAAUACAAUACAUAUUAACGUUUAAAUUAAAAAAUUUAAAACCGUUAUGUUAUAUUUUGUAAACGUCACAAAUAAUUUUUCUUUUUUCAUUCAUAAAAAAUUGUAAUAACAAGUAUGUUUCCGUACUAGGAAAUUUAACACCUACAAAUUGACUACAGGUUUUUUGUACUGCAUUUAAAGUGGUGUGAGCAGUAGUAUUGAUAAUAGUACUAUUCUAAGUUGAUCAAAUUGUUAAAAUAUCGCUCUCGUAUAUAUGAUGAUAGCCCUAUUUCUUAUUUUGUAGGCUAAAUCUUUGUCCAUAACUGUUAUGUUUUAUAAUAUACAAAGAUAAUGGAAUUAACUAUUAAAUGAUAUAUUUGACAUCAGUUGUCUAGAUAAACACUCACGUCUAAAUUUUAUUUUAGUGGAAAAUAAGUUAAUAGAAUAAUAUUUGCAUAACACCAAUAUACAAAGUCGUUAGGCUUACGAACUACUCAAUAUAUACGAUAAAAUGUUAUUUCUAUUAAAUAUUUGAUAGUUGUGUAUGUAUAUGAUAGAUUUCGUGUAUUAUACAAAAUGUGAUGUAUUUACAAAGAUUUAAAAUAAUGCAGCGUCUCGAUAAAAAUUACACGUGUUUCUAACAGUGACAAAUUUUUGUUGCAUCCUAAGACUAUUUGCACAACGUAAUAGAUAAAUAUAUAAUAUAACAAAUGAAGUUAUAUUAAUUAUGAUACUAGUUUUAAGUAACAACUUUAUUAUAGAACUUAGCAAGACUGAUUUAGCUACACUCAGACGACGUAUAGGGCACCUACUUACAUUGGAAUUCUAGUAUAAAACCAUGCUCACGAAUAUGUAAUAGAAUUGAAAACUGAAAACUAAAAACUGAUUAAAUAUGCUAAAUAGCUAAAUCUAGUUCAUAUUGGUAAAAACUAAAGUUGUGCGAAUUUUUGCGCUUAAAAUACUGUCCUUGUAGAGGAAACAAGUUGGCUAGAAGUAAUGGCUUUUGUAGUAACAAACUAAUAUGAAGAUAUAUUCCUUUUUUGUAUUAGUAACAGUAGUAGUAUUGCACAGCCCAAGGAGUUAAGCAGUUAAGUCAUACGUUAUUUAAGAGAGAGACUUAACAGAAAUGUCUUUUAAAGUUUGUAUUAGUUUCUUAAAACUGUUUCAACCAGAUUUAGUUUUGGUCUUUUGAUAUCACAUUGUCUCGCAAGCCGUACGUUCACAUACGAUCGUUUCUCAUAUAUUGGAAGGGAUUCAUAAACAUACAGCCGAAGGCAGUAAUGCACUUUACAACCAAAUAAACAAAUUUGAAUUAUGUCGUCUACUGAGAUGUCUACUUUGAACAGCAGAAACAACGGAAUUCUGACGGCAUACUUGAACUUGUUUCCAACUGCAACCGAUGUGGACGCACAUACCAAUUACCCAGACGAUGGCCAUGAUGAAAUAACUUUGUGUGAAGAUAAGCUACUUUUAGAGCACAAUCUAAAAAUACGUCGGGGACUAAAUUUUCGGAAAAUGCAUAAACCAAUUUACAUGAUAGUUACUUAAUUUAGAUAUAUAAUAUAGAUACAGAUAUACAUAUGUAUAAUUGCUAAUAUAUUACUAAUUAAUACCAAUAUACCUAUAAAUAUAACUAUUUGAGGAAGUCUAAUAAUCGAAGAUGUUAUAACUGUCAUCAUUGUCUUUGUUCUUUUAUAAUUUCGUUCAAACUUCAACAGCAAUUUUGUUGACGGUCGGUUGUGAUCGAUAAUACCGAAUUUCAGAACUUUAACUGCUACACUAUACUCUUGCCGAGCCCCGCUCUCUUGUCCUAAACAAUUCCAAUCAAAAUUUAAAGAUAUCUUUUGGUGAGUUCACUGCCUUCUAAACUACUUUAAACUAAAUGAUCUGGUAAUUUGUUCAUGAAUAAAACAUACAAAACUUACAUAUUUGUCUCGGCGAGUGUCGAUUACUUUAUUAUUUAUUAUAAGCUACAUUAGUAUCUACACACACACAUUUCUAAACAAAUAUUGAAGAUAUGAGCGGCAAUACAUAUAUUAACUCUGAAGUAAAAAAUCAUAAUAUAAAUUUAUUUAACAGAAUCGUAUUCGUAGGAUUUGAACAGUAUAUAUUCGUUGUUGAAUAGCUCAUAGGCGGUACAAUCUAUCUAUAAGACUUAACUAAAGCGAUGCAUUAUAACAACAAAAUAUAAAUAUAUUCAAAUACGCAGUAAUCCUGUACGAGUAUUUGCCUUCCUGGAGCGGUUAUUUCUAAGUAAAUAUAACAUACUAUUUCUAAUAAAUUGAUCUAGCAGUAGCUACUUAAGCAACGGUGAAUCCUUUUCGUACACCUACCGUAAGCUUAAUGAGUUGUUUUCGUUGUGGCAAAUUAGAUUCACGUUUCGUAAUCUUUUUAGUUACCACACCAUUUGAUUAACGCCACGUUGUCUAACUCGGCAGCUUCACUAACUUCAGCCAGUGAUUCAGUAAGAUCUCGACGAGUGCGCUUACUGUCACUAUCUUCCGCUUCAUUUACAUCAAAAACGUUAUUGCUAUAUAGAGCCAAUCUGUUGAUUUCAUCGAAUAGUGUUUUUUUCGGCGUCCUUAUAGAACGAUCAUAGCCCGGUUCACUAAGUGGUGGUAAGUAUGUAGCUGGAAUUCUACUUGUACCAACAUAACCUGUUCGUGGACACUGUGGAUUAAUGGAACCGGGAUAGCAAGAUCUCGCAGUAGUAGAACUUAUUCUUUCCCUAGUUAUUGUUGGUGUUUUAGUCAGUAAAGUGUUUGGCUUAGUUGUCCGUCUACUUGAAGUUGUGGGAGGAAGGUAUGUUGCGGGUUGACACUUAGGAUCAGUUGAACCUGGAUAACAACCAGGUUUAGAAGUUGUUGAAACUUUAGGACAUCUUGGAUCAGGUGAACCUAGGAAACAGUUAAGACAUUCUGGAUCAUUUGAUCCGGGGUAACAUCUAGGUUUUUGCGUUGUACGAAUCGUUUGAGGGCUUCUUGGAGUUGUCGUUUUAACCUGUGAACACGAUGGAUCUUUUGACCCUGGAUAGCAAAGGUUUGGCGUUGUAGGAACUGGAACUGUUGAGCAGGCAGGAUCUGUAGAACCUACGUAACAUUUUGGUUUGAAUGUUUCAGUAGUUAUCACUUUUUUAGUUCCAAAUGUGGUUGGUUUAGUGGGUCUAAUAGUUUGCCUACAUCGUGGAUCUUGCGAGCCGACAUAGCAAUCUGUAGCGAAUGUUGUGAUUGGAACCCUUUGUGUUGUUGUAGGAGGAAGAUAAGUACUUGGUAUGCAUUUCGGAUCUGAAGACCCUGUAUAGCAUUUCGGUGUUUCUGAUAUUUGUGGUAAUUUUGGUUUCAACGGGGUUGUAAUUCCUUGUGCACAUUGUGGAUCUAUGGAUCCUGGGUAGCAGCGAGUUUCAAUUGUUGUUGGCAGAACUUGUCGGCAAUUGGGAUCAGUUGAACCAGGGUAACAAGGUGACUUUGUAGGUGUAAUGAUCACCUGAGUUGUUGGUUUUGUGUAAGUUGAACACCGUGGAUCUGUAGAACCUUCGAAGCAAUUAAGUCGAGUUGUAAUGGGCGGCGAUCUAGGUGAUGUUGUUGGAGGAAGAUAUGUCGCAGGUUGACACUUUGGAUCAGUUGAUCCUGGAUAACAACCAGGUUUAGAAGUUGUUGAAACUUUAGGACAUCUUGGAUCAGGUGAACCUAGAAAACAGUUAAGACAUUCUGGAUCAUUUGCUCCGGGGUAACAUCUUGGUUUUUGCGUUGUUCGAAUCGUUUGAGGGGUUCUUGGAGUAGUCGUUUUAACCUGUGAACACGAUGGAUCUUUUGACCUUGGAUUGCAAAGGUUUGGCGCUGUAGGAACUGGAACUGUUGAGCAGGCAGGAUCUGAAGAACCUACGUAACAUUUUGGUUUGAAUGUUUCAGUAGUUAUCACCUUUUUAGUUCCAAAUGUGAUUGGUUCAGUGGGUCUAGUAGUUUGCCUACACCGUGGAUCUUUCGAGCCGACAUAGCAAUCUGUAACGGAUGUUGUGAUUGGAACACUAUAUGUUGUUGUAGGAGGAAGAUAAGUACUUGGUAAGCAUUUCGGUUCUGAAGACCCCGGAUAGCAUUUUGGUGCUGCUGAUAUUGGUGGUAAUUUUGGCUUCAACGUGGUUGUAAUUCCUUGAGAACAUUGAGGAUCUGUGGAUCCUGGGUAACAGAGAGUUUUAAUUGUUGUUGGCGAAACUUGUUGGCAAUUGUGUUCAGUUGAACCAGGGUAACAAGGUGACUUUGUAGGUGUAAUGAUCACCUGAGUUGUUGGUUUUGUGUAAGUUGAACACCGUGGAUCUGUAGAACCUUCGAAGCAAUUAAGUCGAGUUGUAAUGGGCGGCGAUCUAGGUGAUGUUGUUGGAGGAAGAUAUGUCGCAGGUUGACACUUUGGAUCAGUUGAUCCUGGAUAACAACCAGGUUUAGAAGUUGUUGAAACUUUAGGACAUCUUGGAUCAGGUGAACCUGGGAAACAGUUAAGACAUUCUGGAUCAUUCGAUCCGGGGUAACAUCUAGGUUUUUGCGUUGUACGAAUCGUUUGAGGGGUUCUUGAAGUUGUCGUUUUAACCUGUGAACACGAUGGAUCUUUUGACCCAGGAUAGCAAAGGUUUGGCGCUAUAGGAACUGGAACUGUUGAACAGGUAGGAUCUGCAGAACCUAUGUGACAUUUUGGUUUGAAUGUUUCAGUAGUUAUCACUUUUUUAGUUCCAAAUGUGGUUGGUUUAGGGGGUCUAAUAGUUUGCCUACAUCGUGGAUCUUUCGAGCCGACAUAGCAAUCUGUAACGGAUGUUGUGAUUGGAACACUUUGUGUUGUUGUAGGAGGAAGAUAAGUGCUUGGUAUGCAUUUCGGAUCUGAAGACUCUGGAUAGCAUUUUGGUGUUUCUGAUAUUGGUGGUAAUUUUGGUUUCAACGUGGUUGUAAUUCCAUGUGUACAUUGUGGAUCUGUGGAUCCUGGGUAGCAGCGAGUUUCAAUUGUUGUUGGCAGAACUUGUCGGCAAUUGGGAUCAGUUGAACCAGAGUAACAAGGUGACUUUGUAGGUGUAAUGAUCACCUGAGUUGUUGGUUUUUUAUAAGUUGAGCACCGAGGAUUUGUAGAACCUUCGAAACAAUUAAGUCGAGUUGUAAUUGGUGGCGGUCUAGGUGAUGUUGUUGGAGGAAGAUAUGUCGCAGGUUGACACUUUGGAUCAGUUGAUCCUGGAUAACAACCAGGUUUAGAAGUUGUUGAAACUUUAGGACAUCUUGGAUCAGGUGAACCUGGGAAACAGUUAAGACAUUCUGGAUCAUUUGAUCCUGGGUAACAUCUAGGUUUUUGCGUUGUACGAAUCGUUUGAGGGGUUCUUGGAGUAGUCGUUUUAACUUGUGAACACGAUGGAUCUUUUGACCCUGUAUAGCAAAGGUUUAGCGCUGAAGGAACUGGAACUGUUGAGCAGGUAGGAUCUGUAGAACCUACGUAACAUUUUGGUUUGAAUGUUUCAGUAGUUAUCACUUUUUUAGUUCCAAAUGUGGUUGGUUUAGUGGGUUUAGUAGUUUGCCUACAUCGUGGAUCUUUCGAGCCGACAUAGCAAUAUGUAGCGGCUGUUGUGAUUGGAACACUAUAUGUUGUUGUAGGAGGAAGAUAAGUACUUGGUAUGCAUUUCGGAUCUGAAGACCACGGA